AUGACACCUCGUUCUAAAGUCCUCGUGCCGGAGAAGCUAUCCCCGGACGGCCUCGCACUCCUACGGUCGAGCGUAGAGGUCGACGAGCGUCAGGGGCUUACGGCAGACGAACUCUUGAAGAUCAUUCCGGAGUAUGAAGCUCUCCUCGUACGGUCAGGGACGCAAGUGACAGCCUCUCUUCUUCAAGCGGCAACAAAGCUUAAGGUUGUUGCCCGAGCCGGCGUAGGCGUCGACAACAUUGAUGUUGAUGCCGCAACUAAACAGGGCAUAAUCGUCGUCAACUCGCCCUCCGGCAACAACGUUGCUGCGGCGGAACAUACCAUUGCACUGUUGAUGUGUAUGGCUAGGAAUAUACCUGAUGCAUGUUCGAGUCUGAAGAGCAACAAGUGGGAGAGGAGUCGGCUCGUUGGCGUGGAAGUUAAGGGCAAGACCUUGGGAAUCAUCGGACUAGGAAAAGUUGGCUUGAUCGUGGCUCGUCUGGCGAAGGGGUUGGGUAUGAAAGUCAAUGCUGUUGACCCAUAUGCCUCUUCAGCAGUGGCUGCAUCUGCUUCUGUUACCUUGAUGCGGUCUCUCACCGAGCUGCUCCCUACUGUCGACUUCUUGACCAUCCAUACCCCCCUGAUUGCAUCUACCAAGGGCAUGAUUUCAACUGCUGAAUUGGCUCAAAUGAAACCGGGCUCCCGCAUCUUAAAUGUGGCUCGAGGAGGUACAAUAGAUGAACCAGCCCUUCUGAAUGCUCUUGAGACAGGGCACAUAGCUGGAGCAGCACUUGAUGUUUUUGCAACAGAGCCGCCUACAUCCGGGUCAGCCUCAGCACAGCUCAUUGCUCAUCCUCGUGUGAUUCCAACUCCUCAUCUAGGAGCCUCUACUGUUGAAGCGCAGGAGAACGUUUCAAUUGACGUGUGCGAGCAGGUGCUUCAGAUAUUGGGUGGUUCCCUUCCGCGGAGCGCAGUAAACACACCCCUUAUCCUGCCGGAGGAAUUCAAAAAGCUCCAGCCGUUUGUUCAUCUUGUCGAGAAAAUUGGAAGCAUUUAUACCCAGCAUUAUGGAUCAGCAAACAGCCCUCUCUCGAACCGGAACACCUUUGACUUUAUAUAUGAAGGCGAGGUCUCAGAGCUCAACAAUACAAAGCCCCUUUUUGCUGCUCUUAUCAAGGGGCUUAUGUCCCCGAUCAGCAAAGACUUGAACGUGAAUAUUGUCAAUGCCGAGCUCGUUGCUCGAGAACGAGGGAUAAUAGUCAACGAGCAACGCUCAAGGGACAGCCCGUCACAUUCCUAUUCCUCCCUAAUAACCCUAGUUGCCAGGGCACCGACGAUGAAUGGAGAUGAUUCAGGACCCAACAGUCAACUUGACUAUAUCAUUUCUGGGACAUGCUCUGGCACUCAGCCCUUGAUAUCGCGCAUUGAUCGGUUUGCCACAUCCUUCGUCCCUGAAGGAAAUCUUCUUAUAUGUCAUAACUUUGAUUCUCCCGGUAAGAUCGGAGUAGUUGGCAGCAUCGUAGGGAGAAAUGGGGUUAACAUCAAUUUUAUGAGCGUUGCUCCUAUUUCAAAGGGGAAACCACAGAAAGAAACCAAUUCUGUAGACGAGGCACUAAUGAUUCUAGGUGUCGAUAGGGCAGUGGACGAAUGUGUGGUAAAGGACCUUGUGAAAGAAGGCGGAGUUUUGAGCGCCAGCGUAGUCUCUCUAUAA